GUUUUCAAAUAGACCGUGUAUAUUUUAGAUGUACAGUAUAAAUGUGGUUAAAGUUGUACUCAAUGUACAACUAAAUCUUUUAAUUUAAUUUCAUAUAUUGCUCAUCUGUCCCAUUUCAUUUCUUGGAUAAGACUAGACAAUCGUCCAGAUGGAAGCUCAAAAGUGGAAAGGAAAAUACUAUUAGCUUUUAUGAUGGAUUUUGAUGCAGGUUAUUAUUAUUGCUAAUACCUCACUGGGGAUCCGUGGGACUGUAACGCUCGAAAACCUCCGCCAUAUGGCGAUAUUUCAUGAUCUAUAUAAUAGUGUGUUCUGUAAUCAAGUUGGGUCAGACUCGGACACCUCCCUUCAUGAAGUUUCACUUCGUCAAAGUGAGAGGAAAGUCUUGAAGUAGAAUUUCGCCCUUGUUCUUGUUAGCGAAAUACAAAUUCCUCCCCUCACGGACAGGUUUUCGUAAAGUUUAUCGUGAUGCAAGGUGAGAGUUCAUGCCCUCAGUGCCCCACAGAAGAUGACAUGAGAGAGGGGGAUCUAGGUGAUGGCAUGGGGGCCAGAUCCAGAGGACAUCAUGACCAUCUCCCACAGAUGAAGAGCAGGGGGAAGUUUCUAGACUUCAUGUCUCAGUCGCUACCAUUCAAAGGGGGCAGCGAGAGAAGCAAUGGGCCCUUCUCUUGGACAUCAUGCAGAGCCAUGUAUGCUGUUUUUAGGGAAGAACUGGAAGCUGAACGAGCCGCACGGUGGGAGAAAAGACAGUCGGAAAGCUCUUCUGAAGACACAAGUGAAGAGCUGCAGAGAAGACUACAGGAGGUCACAGAGGAAGUGGAGCUGUUACGCACAGAACUGGAGGUCACUCAUCGCCACCUGGAGGGAAAACAUGAGGCUCUUAGGAUCUUGCAAGGACAGGCAAUCUUGGACAAAGCAACUUGUCAUACCAAAAUAUUGCUUCAGAAGAGUGAAGAGAGCAACAAAGCCCUAGAAAAGGAGGUUAAUGCAUUGCAAUGGGAGAUCACUUUUAACAAGGUGCAGUUCAAGAAUGUGGAAAACUCAUGGAGUUUAAAGUAUGAGAGGGUGCUGGCAGAAAAUGAAGUCCUAAAGAAAGCACUAGAGGAGAAACUGAGAGAACAUCAGGAGCAAAUGACAGAGAAUGCCUCCCUGAGCCAAAAAUGUCUGGAGCUUUUGUCAAUGCUCAGUGCUAAGGAAAGAAGGGACUACCAGAGGACCCAGCCUCCCUGCAGCCGGAGAACAGACGGUUCAGCGCUAGAGUUAGCGGUGUAUGGGGCAUGUCAGUGUAACUCUAAUGGGGGCGAGCCAUGCUCUUGUGCUAGAAGUGCUGCUGCAAGUCGCAAACAGGUUCUCCAGCUCAAGCAAGAGCUGGAGGAACAGCAGAAGAGGAAGGAGGAGGCAUACGUCAUGAUGGAUGCUUUCCGCAUUGCUUUUGAGCAGCAGUUGAGGAGAGUCGGUGAGAACGUGCUCCGGCAGGCUGAGACCGCAAGACACCAGUCGCACUACCAAAGGCAUGAGAGAGGGAAACAGGGGUCUCUCAGUGUAGGUGAAAGGCUGAAAAAAUUUCUGCCCAUAACAAGUGAAGGAAAGAUAUCAGCCAAUUCAGAUGAAACACUGCAUAUGCUGCUUGAUCUGUUAAAAGACAAAGAGGAAGCCUUGGCACAUCAGAGGAAGGUGAGCUACAUGUUGGCACAAAACACUAAGGAUUUAGAAAAACGUCUCCAUAUGCAGCUAGAGGAGCUGGACCUUUCACACAUAGACAAUAAAACAAAAACAGAGGCAUCUGAGGAGAGUGAAUGGAGCAGAGGAAGAGACCGUAGAUGCUCUGCAGAUCUCACUGUACCUGACAGCCCUGCAGAUGAUGAUGAGCAGACCUCCAAACCAAAUCAGCCUUCCACUGAAAUUAGAGAAGCUAAACCUGACAAUAAAGAUGUUUAAAAGAACGAGACAAGAA